GAGCUUUGCUUUAGAGCUCUGUGCAUCGGCGCAUUCUGAUCCCUGGACUCACCCUCGCCACCAUCGCCCGCUGUACAAUAGCCAUCUCUCUUUGGUCCGUUGUAUCAUAGCUAUCGCUCCUGCGUCAAUUGCCUUGUAGCCGUCGGCCCUGCAUCCUCGCACCGCACCCCGCGCCCCACCAUGUCGACUUCUUCCACGGUCCUCUCGGCCUUCCGCCGCUCCACCGUUAACUCCCUUCGCCUGCAAGCCCCCAUCACCAAGCGCUUCUUCUCGCCCUCUGCCGCCAACAUGACAAUCAAGACCUACUUCGACGUCAACUGGACCGGCCCCGAGGUCACUGUCGACCAGAGCGGCAACGUCACCAAGACCGGCGAUGUCAAGGAGCAAUCCGGCCGCAUCACCUUCGAGCUGUUCGACGAUGUCGUCCCCAAGACGGCCGAGAACUUCCGCGCCCUCUGCACCGGCGAGAAGGGCUUCGGCUACCAGAACUCCAAGUUCCACCGCGUGAUCCCGCAGUUCAUGCUGCAGGGCGGCGACUUCACCCGCGGCAACGGCACUGGCGGAAAGUCCAUCUACGGCGAGAAGUUCAGCGACGAGAACUUCAAGCUGACCCACAACAAGCCCUUCCUCCUGUCCAUGGCCAACGCCGGGCCCAACACCAACGGCUCCCAGUUCUUCAUCACCACCGUCGUCACAUCGUGGCUCGACGGCAAGCACGUCGUCUUCGGCGGUGUUCCCGACGGCGACGUCGAGUCGUACAGGGUCGUCAAGGCGAUCGAGGCCUGCGGCAGCGGCAGCGGAGCCAUCAAGUACAAGGAGGGCCCGCCCACCAUUGUCGGUGCUGGCGAGUUGUAGACGAGUAAUGUAUAGAUGACGGCAAUGAAAGGCGUUUUGUUCCAGCGCAUGCAUCCAGCCAUGUCUAUUCGGCGAUUCUUUCCAACAAUGUCUACGAAGCCGUCUCAAUGCCGCGACUCAAUUGCAUCUGCCACAGCCAUGCUCCCUUGACGUUUGGCGGUGCGGGAGCUGCCCCAAAAUUUAUCGCGCCAUGGAGGGGCAGCCCAACAACCCCCACCACCCCGCAGUUAGCUGCCGACGUCACCACCGACAACGCCCGAAUGACACACGCCCAAACUUCAACAGGCAAGGCUUCCAUGCGCCGC